AAAUAUUAUCAAGGCUUAUGCCGAAAACAUUUACGUUUGGCAGAAACCAACAGCCGAUGGCAAAUAUUUUGUGAAUAACUAUAGCCAUAUUUUUUUUAAGAUCGGUUCACAAAGUUGUUUUAAAAGAGAGUAUUCAAAAGACUUAAACCAUGUCUUCCCCUUCGCCGGGAAAGCGAAGGAUGGAUACUGACGUUGUAAAACUCAUUGAAAGCAAUCAUGAAGUAACUAUACUUGGUGGACUAAAUGAAUUUGUAGUGAAGUUUUUUGGACCUAAAGAAACGCCAUAUGAAGGUGGUAUUUGGAAGAUAAGAGUGGAUUUGCCAGACAAAUAUCCUUUCAAGUCACCAUCUAUUGGUUUCCUUAAUAAAAUAUUUCAUCCUAACAUUGAUGAAGCGUCUGGUUCUGUGUGUUUGGAUGUUAUCAAUCAAGCGUGGACAGCUUUGUAUGACUUGAAUAAUGUGUUUGAGUCGUUUUUGCCGCAAUUACUUGCAUAUCCGAAUCCAGUGGAUCCUUUAAAUGGAGACGCAGCUGCACUGUAUCUUCAUAAACCAGAAGAUUAUAAAAAUAAGAUAAAAGAUUAUGUAAAGAAAUAUGCCUCGGCUGAUGUGAUGGCAGAGCAAGAAAAAGACGACAUGUCGACGUCGUCAGAGAGUUCUUUAAGUGACUUUUCUGAAGACGAGGCUGCAGAUAUGGAGUUGUAACGUGUUGUUUUUAUAAGUUGAUAUUUCUCACUCGUCAUUUUUAAAAAACCUUUUUGUGCCUGCCUUUUUUAGUUGGAAAGCUUUCGUUUCGUUAAACAAUUUGACGUAAAUCACACUUUUCAUAGUUUCAAUGUCGGUUGAUAAUUCAUCCAUUUCUUUAGGUUUUUUCUUAAUGAAUUUUAAAUCAUAUAGCACAGUUGGGCGUGAUUUUCUGUGAAUAUUCUUUUUGAAACGGUGAACAAUUAGGGAUAUACUACGCAAAGUGCUUGCACUGUAAGUGAUUGUCUUGUUUAUCGUUGCCUCGAUUAUUAUCAACGUGAAUUCUACACCAUUAGGUACGCAUUGAUGAUUUUUACGUUCUUGAAUUUUAUUUGAAGGCGUCUGCGGUUCUGAAACUUUAUUUCCAAUUUUUCGAAACUACGUCUGUCUUAGAUUUUAAUAUUUCUUUCAAACUUGCAGUUGUAACAGUGCUUGUACUGAGAGAAGUUUUUUUGUAUAUAAUGUAUAUAUAAUUUUUUUUAGUAGGUGUGGGCAUGGUUGCUCACAUAACCAGUUUUUCGAAACCUAAGAUCGCGUACAAUUCGUGGUUGUUAGAAUCUUUUUUUACUUAUAAGGAAAAAAAAAGUCGUUUAAUCAUGAAUUAGAGUAUUCGCCUCCUUGAAAUGAACGAGGGAUGAUAUUAAAAUGACCGGCGUAUAACCUACACAUCAAAAAAGCCUGCAUAUAAUCGGCAUACAAAUCCGUGUUUUUGUUGCGUUUGUUCGUCAAUUUGAAAAGUAGUUAUUUUGAUGUCUUUUUCAAUCUGGAUAUUAUUUAAUUCUUAGAUUUAUUGAUACAUAGCAAAAUAUUUACGUCUGUUUAUACAUAUAUAUUUUGAGAAAAUAUAGGUACUCUUAAUGUGACCACGUUGUGCACGACGUACUAGACUGGUUGCAACAACGUAUUCGAGGCUAGUUUUGCUGGAUGAGGAAAGUUAUAGUCCAGUCUAGUUAUUGCAUCCCGGUAUGAUGUUUCUUUUAAUUUAUUUGCUCGCAUAAUUCAUGACCAGAUAUAAUUUAUCUUACUUCAUCUUGUAUUUUAUUGACCAUAUUGUACUUUUAAUUUUCUUUCAAACAUGGCGAAGAAGUAAGUUUUCAGAAGUGUUUUAAAGAAUCUUCAUAGCUUGCACUUUUUUGCAUAUUUAUUUGUUUUUCAUCCUUCCAAUAGUAAAGCAGCUCUUAAGCGAAAGUACCAGAGCUUUUAUACUAUUUGAACAGAAUAUAUACUUGAUUUUUUCCGUUUCACUUGCCAUUGGCUCGUUUUUCUUGCGUUAUACUUCCCAUUGGUUCGUUUCUCAUGGGUUUUACUUCUGAUUGGCUCGUUUUUAUUUCGUGUUAUUUGAUUGACUAGGUUUUUUAAAGUUUAGAAUAUACAAUUAUCAAUCACUUUAAAGUGCUUUGUUUUCGUUUAUGCCUUUUCUUUGUAUUUAAAAUUUAAAAGAAACGUAAUAUUAUCCGGACAUUGUAAUACUGAAAUAACUGACUUGGAAUUCAAAUAAAUAAUAUUUAAAAAACA